UGACACACAAGUGUCAGAAGCUAGGAAAGCGAAGUGUCAGGAAAGCAAUGAGGCCAGCAGAUGGGACUGCAAUGCAUGCAUGACACACUUAUGCAGGCAUGGCGGCUUGUUUCUUUUUCUGAUUCAUCCAUCCUAUCAGGCGGUUCUUCCGCAACCAAUCUCGAGCUUGAUGACCAUCCAUAUCCACCGUGCAUCCCCGUGAUGUAAGGUCGGCGCGACUGGGAUAUGCAACUAAGACCGUUGGCAACCGAGAAGACGAAUUCAAGCCAGCAACAGUGACGAUGCGUUUCGGAUGAAGUAAUUAGGCGUCGCGUCGCGUCGUACCAUUCGCUUUGCUCGUGAAGAGAGACUCUCGCUCUUUUGUCCAACGUCCCUUGGGUGAAGCCAUCAAGAGCUAUGGAGAUGCUUCAGAGAUUCCUGGGUCGUGAGCGGCACCUGGACCACCUUCUGAUGCAUGGACGCUUCGCGGAAGCUGCAGCGCUAUGUCCCUCGGCCCUUGGGAACUCUGAGUCCGCAUGGCAAUGGUGGAUCGGCAACUUCGCUCGCCUGCAACAGCUGCAUUCGCUGCUGCCCUAUGUCCCUAUUUCGAACCCAAAGCUCAGCCCUGCCACGUACGAGGGCGUGUUAGUGGAGCUGCUCCUCUCCCCCCACUCCUCCUACCACCGCCAGAUUCCCCCCACCAUAGCUCGCUGGCCCCCUUCCCUCUACAACCUGGGAGCGGUGAUCGCUGGCGCGGAGGGGAAGCUGCUGCAGCACGGCAGUGCGAUACAGCUGCAGCUGCUAGCGGGCCUGUAUGUGCGGAACCGGGACUUCGUGGAAGCUCUGGACGUCUACCUGCGCCUGCUGGUGGCUCAGCACAGGCAGCACCACGCUCACUUGAACGGGGAUCCCCAUGGGCACCCGACAGACCUUGCUCACGUGCAUGCGGACGUGGACGGAUAUCCCCAAGGUUCCAGGGCGAACCAUGCUGACGUGGAUCAGAAUCUUCGCGUGGAUUCAGUGUCAGAUGGCAAGAUUGCAGGCAGAAAGGCGGGAGACGUGGGGUCACCAGACAGAGGCAACACCAGUGAGAGGGAUCUCGGGUCAUCCCCUAAAGAGUCUAUCAGAUGGCCGGGCCCCGAUGUGUUUGAGUUUAUUCGGGAGCACCGUCUCGUUCGCCACCUCCUCUCCCCCUCCCACCUACACCUCCACCGCCUGCCCUCCCUCUUCCUCAUCCACCCCCGCCGCACUGCCGCCCUCCUCGCCGACAACAUCGCGCUUGCGCCGCCCGAAACCGUCGUCCGCCAGCUGCUGUGCGUCGAUGGCCCUUCGGCUCUUGGCUUGCCUGAACCACCUGAACCCUCUGCCGAUGUGCUGUCACUGCGUGAUUCGCCAGCAUAUGAGGAUUCGCCAGCGGGUAGUGAGAUCCUGACAGGGAGGGAGAGGCGCAUGGCGCUGCACUGCUACCUGCACGAGGUGUUUCAGCGAAUGCCGGAGGCGUCAACGGCUUUCCAUCCCAUGCAGGUUGAGCUGUAUGCUGACUUUGACCGCCACCUGCUGCUGCCCUUCCUGCGAUCAUCCGACCAUUAUCCUCUGCAAGAUGCGCUGAACCUGUGCGUGCAAAGGGGGUUGGUGGAGGAGCAAGUGUUUCUGCUGACUCGCAUGGGCGACUACAAAGAAGCACUUGCGUUACUGCUGGACGGGCUCAAGGAAGUUAACAGGGCAAUUAUGUUAGCUCGGGAGGUGAAAGAACCAUACGUCUGGAAGUUUCUCCUGAAGCGAUCCGCCACUAACCCCUGCUUGGUCACAGCACUCAUGGAGCGAGCUUCAGACAUUUUCACACCGAAGCAACUGCUUGCUGGAGUCGCACCAAAUACUUACCUAAAAGAGUUGCGGCAGCACCUGCUGGCAGUGCUGGCAGCCUCAGCAACAGAAAUAUCUCUCCGCCAAGGCUGCAUUGCCCUCAUGGAGUCCGAGUGUGUCGACCUCCUCUGCCUCUUCAUCCUCCAAUCACAGUCUGCCACCCGCGUCUCCUCCUCCUCCUCUACUCUCCCCCACCCUCCCCUUCUCCCUCUACCAUCCUCCACUGCAACAGCAGCCGUCACGUUGACCUCUUCCUCCCAAGCCUCCCCUGGAUCCUUUCUUCCUGCUGCUGCUGUGACUUCUCUACUUGGUUUCUAUUCCCGCAAGCCUUUUCGAAGAAGGGCAUUCAUGGGAAAGGCUACUGGUACGGGUGACAAGGUUGGUGAGAUGGGCCAGGUUGGGAGGGGGAGGCAGGGCGAGGGGCAGCAAGGGAUUGAGGAGAGGGAGGAGAAGGAGAGGAGGAAGAAGGAGAGGGAGGAGGCGAAAGCUGUGGCUCUGGCGUUUAGACAGUUGGAAAUGGGGGAAGCUGGUGUUGAUUUUGGAGGAAUGGAGGGAAGAGGAGGAGUGGGGGGGAGAGGAGUGAGAAGAGGAGGAGCAGGGGGGGGGAGAUUGAACCAGUGGGAAGGAGCUGCUGGUUCUGACGGUUUUCUUCCCUCCAUAUCUCAAGCAGACGACAGGGAAGAGGAUGAGGAUGAUGAGGAGGGGGGGAGUGAGGGGGAGGGGGAGGAUGGGGAGGAGGAGGAGGAUGAGGCUAUGUGGAGCGAGCAAUGGGCCUCGACCCCGCUGUUCCCUGCAUCUGGAGGGCUGAGAAUAGCAACAAUUCCUAUCGAGACUGGUGAAGGUUACAGGGCGGAUGGCAGAACGAGUGGUAGUAACCAGGUUGAUAUGGGGAAAGGGGUAUUGGAAGAGAGGGGGAGAGGGGGGUUGCUGAGAGCCUGGAGUGAGGUGUUUGAGGGAGAGAGGGGAGGGGGUGUGGAGAGGAAGGAGGGGCUGAGAAGAGCAGGAAGUGAAGUACCCAGAGGGAGGGAGGAAGGAAUGGUUGAACAAGACACGAGGAGAGGGGGGGUAGGUAGGUUGGAGGGAAGGGAAGGGGGCUCGCAAGGGAACCACCAGUGGAAGAGGAAGGUGGACGGAGAGCAGGAGUUGCUGGGUGGGGGUCCCCGGUGCAGCUUGUGUCUAGAUGCACUGCAUCUGAGCCAGCAGGGGAUAGCGUGCUUUUUCUGCUCGCAUGCAUAUCAUGUGCCGUGCUUGGAGGUGGCUCUGAAGCUUGGAGAACGAGGGAGUGGUGGGGAAAUGGGAGGGGCGAAGGCAGAGGGGAAAGGAGCAGGACUGACAGAGGAGAAUAUGGACAGCACUGCGAAAGCAAAAAUCGAAGGCUCAAAUACAGCUUCAGCAGCAGAGUUGAAGAGUAGCCAAGGGAGCAACUUCUUGGAUCGAAGGUUGGAUAAGCCGAAGGUUUGGCCUGAAAGGGAGGGAACCGCGAUGAAAAGCGAGGACUGUGAAGAGCAAUUGCAUUGUGUUGUGUGCCAACAAGCCAAGAAUGCGGCACCGUUGUGAUGCUUAGGACGAAGUAGGGAAGUACCGGCAGGGAAACUGGUAGUUGGGUUGGGUAGUAUGGUUUGUACAUUUAUUAUGUCAGCACUUGUGAAAUGUUCCUCCAUUCCGGUACAUUAUAUUGA